UUUAAGAAUAAAAUCAUUUGGUUUUAUACCUACAGAAAAAUUAAAACGAAAAGAUAUCAAAAAAAGGAUGGGUUCGUGUUGUCGAUUUUGUGGAUUGAAAAUUAGAGGGAAAGAAGCAAUAAAUUUGUUUAACAAUAAAGUAUUUGUAGAAAAUUUUCAUACUCUAGGUGAAAUUGUAAAUCUUGUGUUUAAGGGAUUUCAGACACAUGAAUAUGAUGAGCUCCCCAAGGAAGUAUGUUCCAAUUGCGCCAAUAAUAUAAUAUUAAGUUUUCGUUUCUAUACUAUGGCCAAUAGUACCAAAAAUAAACUGAUGGCAAUAUUAAAGCAAAAGAAGAACUCUGAAGGAAAAUAUAAACCCCUACUACCUAAGCCAAUUGAAGUGCCAAUUGUAUCAUUGAAUAAACCAGAAUUAUCAGCAAAUAAAGUAGAUUUUAAACUGAAAGAGAAAAGAAUGUAUUCUUGUUAUGAAUGUCUUGAGAAAUAUCUCACACUCCGACAGUUAAAGAAGCACCAAGAAGAAGUUCAUACAACGAAAAAUUUGUGCAAUUUAUGUAAUGUGUGGUUUGAACAGGAAGAAAUAUUACAGAGGCAUCUAGAGGGACAUAAACUUUCUAAAUAUAUUUGCUUUAAGUGUAAGACAGAAAAUUUUUUUUCACAACGGCGUUUAUUUACACAUUGCAAGCAGAAGCACUUUGCCGAGCUUGGUUUAUUUAAAUGUGAAACUUGUCAAAAAGAAUUAAUUGGGCGGCAAAAUCUCGUUGAACAUAUUAAUAAAAAGCAUCAGGACAACAAUGAAAGUAUUGAUUUUUUAGACAAACAAAAUAUUAAAAAAUUAGAAACGCGAAAUAACAAAAAAAAUGGAGAAAAUUCUAUAUCUGAGCAAUAUAAAAUGUGUUGUAACAUAGGCAAAAGUGAUACAGGAAUAGAUUCUAGCAAACUAGAAGAAGCUAUGGAUGUAGAAUUCCUCGAUGAAUUUUUUCUUAAUCAGCAUACGGAAAAUUCAUUUGAGUUCAAUGAGUGCUGGGAUGCAUUAGAUUUAAGUUUUGAGGAUGACAUCAAAAUUAAAAUGUCUGAUUUAGCAUGUGAAAUUCUUCCAAAAUUUCCAAAUGAGGAAAUGACAGGAAAAAUAUAUCAAUACCAAUGCCCACAUUGUAAAAAAGGAUAUGUUCGUCAAAUUGAAAUUUUAAUUCAUCUAGCUCAUGAUCAUAAAAUACAAGUUUUGUCUUGUAAUAUUUGUUUACAAAAUUUUUCAAGUAUUGAAGAAUUGAAAAUGCAUAAAAUACAACAUUUAGGAAAAAAUGUCAUUAAUCGAAUAGAAGAAAAACAACUAGAAAUGUUGAAAACUAUUGAUGGAAUAUUUUAUGUGUGCAAAUAUUGUCGAAAAAAAUACAAAGAAAAAAGCAAUUUUGUAUUACAUGAUUGUAAAAAAGCAGAUUCCAUGCUAGACUGUAAGGAACUUCCAAAAUUUUUAUGCAAUAUUUGCGAAAAAGAAUUUUCAAGUUUAAAAGACAUGUAUGUACAUAAAAAACUUGUGCAUCAAAAUGAAAGCUUGAACUGUUUGUUAUGCAAUAAAGCAUUUAAAACGGUUAUCGGGCUUCAAUAUCAUAUGAAAACUCACGAAGGAACGAAAAGAAUAAAAUGUCCUUUUUGUGUUAGAAAGUUUUUGACGAAAAUAAAUCUAAAUGCUCAUAUGAAAGCGAUUCAUUCGAUAGUAAAAAAUCAUUUAUGUACCCUGUGUGAUAGGAAUUUCGCUACUCUCGAUCAUUUGAAGAAACAUGUAAUGAGCGUUCAUCAAAAGGAAAGGCCGCAUUUGUGUACAGUUUGCGGCAAACAGUUUUCGCAAAUAUCACACCUAAAAUCUCAUUUUAAAAUUCAUACAUAAAUUGAGUUUAUGUAUGAACGAUACAUAUCAUUCAUACAUAAUUUACUAAAUGAUUUAAAUAUAUGCAUAACUCUUUGUUAAUAGAAAUGAAGGUCAACAAGCCGAUCUGGUUUAAGUGGAAAUAUGUAUUUAUCCGUUGAGGAUAACGAAAAACAAUAAAAUUAAUAUUGAUCAAAGAUUUUUCAAUCUAAGUGUUCAAUGUGCGCAGCCAAUUUUUAAAUUUUAUGCGAUACAUCGCGUCCGCAAUAUCGCCUGCUAUUGUAUUGGUAUCAUCUAUAUGAAAUAUUGGUGGCACAAUUCCAAAUUAUAUCAUAAGGAAAAUUCAACUAAUAUCAAAUUUGGUCUAUUAAAACUAUUUUAUGGCCUGCAAAAAAACGCGAUCCAAGAAAAAAUUUGUAUCACUUUAUUAUCUCUUAAAAAAUCCAAAGAAAAUUCAACCAAAGUUGUUAUUGCUUUUUUAUCUCUUGAAAGAUAUUUCGAAUUGACGCCUGCUAAUUGUCGAAAGUGCGAUAUGGAUGUGUAUCUUGCUUUUUUGCUAGGCGAUAUGAAAAUGAUAUUACAUAUAAAUUUAUUAAAUAUUAAAGGAUAUUUUUUUUCAAAAGGUGCUUGAAAUAUGCCAAAAUUUUCCCCAACUGGAAAGGAAAGCCAUAAGGACCUAAUCAUACAGCAAUAUUUUUUGUAUGCAGGACGCCGGAUCACUAAAAGAAAAAUCAAAUAAACACAUAAUAAAGAAAAUGUUUAAAUUUUA